AAGUGUCGUAUAAGAGGGUUUUGCUAACAUUAAUUGCAUGUUUGAUUUUUUACGUUUAUAAAUAAAGGAGCAGGAUUUGAUAAUCUGCGAAUUCCUAAUUUUUCUGGCCCCCAUUGGUCUGGUUUCAUCUGGCUCUUAAAGCCAGACGAAUUUGAGCGGGCCAUAUGAAUUAGGUUUCAUACAAAUCGGGCCUGACCAGAUUAAUUUUUAUGUGUCAGAUUAAUUAUGUCUAAUGACAUUUCUUUGCUGUGGUUUGUUUUUUUUUUGUUCAUUUGUGUUGGCUUCUUCGUAUUACUUAUAUUUUAUUUCAAUAAAAUUACUUAAGUUAUACAAAAAAAAAUAAAGGAAACAGCCUGUUGGUUAUUAUUCCAAAGUUCAAUUGCUGUGGUGUUGUGAUCGUCGCUUGAAUAGCUUUAUAUCUUUUCAGAUCCAUAUUUUCAAAAUGGCAAAACAAAAAUUACAAACAAGAGAAGAAAGACUAAGAAAAAAAAGACUAGCGGAGAAGAGAAGAUAUGAAAGAAUAAAAAAUAAUGAAGAAUUAUGGAAAGCAAAACAAGAAAAGAAUAGACAAAACUAUAUACGCAGAAAAGAAGAAAAAAAACAACUACCGAUAGGUGAUAUGAAUCCCAGACAACAAAGGUUACAAAGAAAGAGAUGGAGAAAGAAUUACAAAGCAUAUUACCAAAGAAAGAAACAAGAAAAAACAACAGCGGCAAUGCUAGCUCAAAACACCCCACCACAAAGUCCUAGCAUCUUGCCCUAUAACGAAGCUUUUCAUGAUAAUUGUCCACCUUCUAACAACCAGGUUUUAAAUAGAGAAGAGUCACCUACACCAGGACCAUCCCUGAUUUUACGCAGUACUUCAAUUCUUCAGAACCGUGCUUAUUCUCCGACUUCACGAGGAACUACACCGAAUUCAGAGGCUCCUUCCUGUUCUUCACCUGUACCUUCGGUUGUAAGACGUCUCCAUUAUCAAAAAGAGAAAGAAAUAAAUAAUCUUAAACGAAUAAUACUAGAUAUGAAGCGACAAAAUGAACGUUACAAGAAAAAACUGCAAAGAUUAGCAUUGAAGUAUAACGGACCCUCAGUAGAUAAUAAAAUGAGACCUAAAAGUCAAAAUACAACACUUAUCCACAAAAUAAAACGCUCAGUGCGAAAGUCAAAUAAGAUACCAAAUCAACUUACAACUUUUUUGCCUGAACUACUAAGAAAAGAAGUUGAAAUAUUUUAUGAAGACGAUGAAAAUAGUAGACUUUGCUCCGGAAAAAAGGAAUUUAUUACAAGAAACCAAAUACGUAAACAAAAGCGAUAUCUCAACGACAGUCUUAUAAAUCUGCAUAAAAAGUUCCUGAAAAACUCAAAUUCAAUUAUUAGCUAUUCAGCGUUCUGCAAGUUAAGGCCAUUUUGGGUGAUCAUACCUGAUUUUCGAUCAAGAGAUACCUGUUUAUGCAAAUUGCAUACUAACAUGGACUUAUUCAUCCAGGGAUUGUACCAGAGGAAGAUAUUGCUCACUAAAACUUCCCAAAAUCUUCUCUCUCUGCUAUGUUGCGAUGUGUAUAAUGAAGAUUGUUUACAUCGAACAUGUUUUGCUUGCAAGGAAAGGACAGUCCCCUAUCAGGAAUUUGAUAAUUCCGUCGAAAUAACAUACUGGCAAUGGGAGACUAAACCAUACACGAUUGAAGCUACGGGAAGAAAAUUAAGAUCAACUGAGAAAAUUAAAAAAAGAGAGGAACCUAAGAUAUGCAUUGAAAAAUUUGAAUCAACAUUGAAUGAAUAUUUCGUGCAUUGUGGUAAUGUAGUUGCUCAACAAAAGGCUUUCAAACAUUUAAAAGAAAAUCUGCAAGAGGGUGAGUGUAUAAUUCAUGUUGAUUUUAGCGAAAAUUAUGCAGUUAAGUGCAAUGAAGAAAUACAGUCCUAUCAUUUCGGUGGUAGCCGUAAACAAUUAACUCUACACACUUCGGUAAUAUAUUUUUUAGACGAUGAGAAGAUUCAGCAAGUACAGUCUUUUUGUACCGUGAGUGAGUGCCUUCGUCAUGACAUUUCUGCAGUGUGGGCUCACAUCGUACCAGUCCUCCAAUACAUAGACGAAAAAAAGACAGACAUUCAUACUAUACAUUUCAUUUCCGAUUCUCCAUCUAGUCAGUAUCGUAAUAAAAAAAUAUUUCACCUAAUUGCUAGUUUGCAUAUCUAUCUAAGCUCCAUUAAAAUCAUUACAUGGAACUAUAGUGAAUCUGGUCAUGGGAAGGGUGCCCCAGAUGGGAUAGGCGCUGUUAUGAAAAGAACUGCGGACCGUGCUGUUUCCCAAGGGCAGGAUAUAAAAGAUUUGAAGGAUUUUUUAAAUGUUAUGCAAACCCUUAAGAAAGUAAAAUUGAGAACCGUUUCUGAGUAUGACGUAUCUGAAAAGGACUUCCUUUUUCCGCAAAAUGUGAAAGCUUUUCCAGGUUGCCUGAAAAUGCACCAGAUAGUCUGGAAUUUUGAGUCUCCCGUACUUGCUGUUCGAAAACUGAGCUGUAUAGAUCAAAACUGUCUUCAUCAGACUGUUAGUUGCAACCACAAAAAGCACCUUGGCUUUUAUCAUUUGGAAAACGAAGUUCAACAAAACAAUACCGAUGAAGUUACACCGUUUGCUGAUUCAACACGACAACUGAGAGAAAUUGGUCAAUCUUUUUGGACAAUCAGUAAUGAAACAGAUAAUAUUAUUACGCCUAACAUAGAUCAAAGAAUUUUAGAUGAAGAAAUUGAAUUCAAUAUAAUACCACAUAAAAGUCAAAGAAAUGAUAAAGGUGUACGCAAAUCAUUGGGAAUAAAUAAUGAUAUUAAUAAAGAAUUAAGAGAAGAUAACGAGCAAAAAGAAGGACGGAAGGAUAAUGCUGUGGAAAGAACGGAAAUGUCUCAGUGUGCUGACUUGGAUAAAAUCUCAGAGAUAACUUUUUCAAGAGAUGGAAGUAAACAUUUUAGUGUCGAUUUAGAAAAUAUAAAUCCAUACUUAAUUGACUCCGAUGAUGAAGAAUUUAAUAUUUUUUAGUAAUUUAUAUAGGAUAUUAAUUCGUUUUUUACGAUCUCAAGCUAAGAGUUCCUAUCG